UGGGAUGCGGGCAGGUUCCGCCGCCGCCUCUGCCGCCUUCGCCGCUCCUGCCUACCGGGGUUUGUAUGAAAACACCCGGCGGCGGGCGGCGAGGGCUCAGCGGCGCACCUGGAGAACAGCCGUCGGUGCUGCGGGCGCGGAGUUAGUUGCCCGGCCCGUCGUGGUGGCCCUGUGCAGUCCGCGCUAGCGCCCUGUCUCCAGCCGAUUAUCUGCCAUGGUGAAAUGAAGUAACUCAAGAUGAGCAAAUUAAAAGUGGUAACAGAGAAAAGCCUUCCUAAUAAUUCUAGGAUUGUGGGACUCCUGGCUCAGCUAGAGAAGAUCAAUACUGAACCAGCAGAAUCAGAUACUGCCAGAUAUGUUACAUCAAAAAUUCUUCAUUUGACUCAAAGCCAAGAAAAAACAAGGAAAGAAAUGACAGCAAAAGGUUCUACAGGAAUGGAAGUCCUGCUGUCAACAUUAGAGAACACAAAAGAUCUUCAGACUACACUUAAUAUCUUGUGCAUUCUUCUUGAACUGGUAUCAGCUGGUGGAGGUCGGAGAGCAAGUUUCUUAGUUGCCAGAGGUGGUUCACAAAUAUUGUUACAACUACUUGUGAAUGCCAGCAAGGAAUCUCCCCCACAUGAAGAGUUAAUGAUACAUGUUCAUUCUGUUCUUGCAAAGAUUGGACCAAAAGAUAAAAAAUUUGGAGUCAAAGCUAGAAUUACUGGGGCUCUGAAUAUAACCCUGAGUUUGGUCAAACAGCAUUUGCCUAACCACCGCUUGGUUCUUCCUUGUCUUCAGCUUUUACGAGUGUAUUCUGCCAACUCUGUGAAUUCAGUGUCUUUAGGGAAAAGUGGAGUUGUGGAAUUGCUAUUUAAAAUCAUCGGACCAUUUAGUAAGAAGAAUUCAGGUCUUAUGAAGGUUGCUUUAGACACUCUUGCCGCCUUGCUAAAAUCAAAAACAAAUGCCAGAAGAGCUGUAGACAGAGGAUAUGUCCAAGUGCUUUUAACAAUUUAUGUAGAUUGGCAUCGCCAUGAUAAUCGGCAUAGAAACAUGCUUGUUCGGAAAGGGAUUUUACAGAGUUUAAAAAGUGUUACAAACAUCAAAUUGGGAAGGAAAGCAUUUAUUGAUGCCAAUGGGAUGAAAAUCCUGUAUAAUACAUCACAGGAAUGUUUGGCAGUCAGGACUCUUGAUCCACUUGUCAACACCUCCAGUCUGAUAAUGAGGAAAUGCUUCCCCAAAAAUCGACUGCCACUCCCAACGAUUAAAAGUUCUUUCAAUUUCAAGUUGCCUGUUGUUCCUGUGACUGGACCUGUGGCCCAGCUCUACAAUUUACCUCCUGAAGUGGAUGACGUAGUAGAUGAAAGUGAUGACAACGAUGAUAUUGAUUUAGAAGCCGAAAAUGAAAUGGAAAAUGAAGAUGACCUAGAUCAAAAUUUUAAGAAUGAUGAUAUUGAAACAGAUAUUAACAAAUUAAAACCUCAGCAAGUGCCAGGGAGAACAAUAGAAGAACUAAAAAUGUAUGAACACCUUUUCCCUGAACUUACUGAUGAUUUUCAGGACUAUGAUUUAAUCUCCAAAGAACCGAAACCCUUUGUAUUUGAGGGAAAAGUAUGUGGUCCUAUUGUUGUUCCCACAGCUGGUGAAGAAGCAUGUGGGAAUCCAAAGAAAAGGGGAGCUGUAAUGAAGGAGAAAGUGUCUUGUAAAGGAGAGGAAGGUGAUAAAAAAUCUACCCUUAUGGAUCUCACAAAGGAAAAUGCUAAAGAAAAUGACAGAACAUUAUUACAGCAGCUGGGAGAUCAAAACAGAACUUCUUCUGCCCAUGGCUUAAACAAUGAUAUUGUGAAGGCCUUGGACCGAAUCACAUUGCAGAAUAUUCCUUCUCAAACAGCCCUGGGCUCGACUGCAGGAGUGAAGAAGGAUUAUAGUCUCCCUCUUAGUGUCCUAACAUGUACAAAAGCAUGCCCACAUGUAGUUAACUGUGGAAAUGCUCUUUUUGAGGGACGAACAGUACACUUAGGGAAGCUCUGCUGUACUGUGGUUGAAACUGAAGAUGAUGAAGAUACUGAGUCUAGCUCAUCAGUAGAACAGCCAUCAGUUGAAGUUCCUGAUGUACCAACGCUCCAUGACCCUGACCUGUAUAUUGAGAUUGUGAAAAAUACGAAGUCUGUCCCAGAAUAUUCAGAGGUGGCCUAUCCUGAUUAUUUUGGUCACACUCCACCUCCAUUCAAAGAGCCCAUUUUAGAGAGGCCUUAUGGUGUGCAACGGACAAAAAUUGCCCAGGAUAUUGAGAGGCUAAUACAUCAAAGUGAUAUCAUAGAUCGAGUGGUAUAUGACUUAGAUAACUCGAAUUACAUCAUUCCAGAAGAAGGAGAUAUUUUGAAGUUUAACUCCAAAUUUGAAUCAGGGAAUCUGCGCAAAGUAAUUCAAAUUAGAAAAAAUGAAUAUGAUCUUAUUCUGAACUCGGAUAUAAACAGCAAUCAUUAUCAUCAGUGGUUUUACUUUGAAGUCAGUGGAAUGCGUCCAGGCAUUGCAUAUAGAUUUAACAUCAUUAACUGUGAAAAGUCCAACAGUCAGUUUAAUUAUGGUAUGCAGCCACUCAUGUAUUCGGUUCGGGAAGCACUAAAUGCCAGACCCUGGUGGAUACGCGUAGGAAGUGACAUCUGUUACUACAAAAAUCACUUCUCAAGAAGUUCAGUUGCUGCAGGUGGGCAAAAGGGAAAAUCCUACUAUACGAUUACAUUCACCAUUAAUUUUCCACAUAAAGAUGAUGUCUGUUACUUUGCUUAUCACUAUCCAUAUACAUAUUCAACGUUACAGAUGCACCUUCAAAAAUUGGAAUCAACACACAGUCCUCAGCAAAUCUAUUUUCGAAGAGAUGUGUUAUGUGAAACACUGUCUGGAAACAGCUGUCCAUUGGUGACUAUAACUGCAAUGCCAGAGUCUAAUUGUUAUGAACAUAUCUGUCAAUUCAGAAAUCGCCCUUAUGUUUUCUUAUCUGCUCGGGUACAUCCUGGAGAAACUAAUGCAAGUUGGGUUAUGAAAGGAACAUUGGAGUAUCUCAUGAGUAAUAACCCUACUGCUCAGAGCUUACGAGAAUCCUAUAUUUUUAAAAUUGUCCCUAUGCUAAAUCCAGAUGGUGUCAUCAAUGGAAAUCAUCGUUGUUCUUUAAGUGGAGAGGAUUUGAACAGACAGUGGCAAAGUCCAAAUCCAGACUUACAUCCUACAAUUUACCAUGCAAAGGGGCUGUUACAAUACCUGGCUGCAGUGAAACGUUUGCCUCUGGUAUAUUGUGAUUAUCAUGGCCAUUCCCGAAAGAAGAAUGUGUUUAUGUAUGGCUGCAGUAUCAAGGAGACAGUGUGGCAUACCAGUGAUAGUGCAAGUUCAUGUGAUGUUGUGGAAGAUACGGGAUAUAGGACGUUGCCUAAGAUACUGAGCCACAUUGCCCCAGCAUUUUGCAUGAGCAGCUGUAGCUUUGUAGUGGAAAAAUCUAAAGAGUCCACAGCACGUGUUGUAGUUUGGCGGGAAAUAGGAGUGCAGAGAAGCUACACCAUGGAGAGUACUUUGUGUGGCUGUGAUCAUGGGAAAUACAAGGGUUUACAAAUUGGUACUCGAGAACUGGAAGAGAUGGGAGCAAAAUUUUGUGUUGGUUUGAUGCGAUUGAAAAGACUGACUUCUCCAUUGGAAUAUAAUCAGCCUUCUAGCCUGCUUGACUUUGAAAAUGACUUAAUUGAAUCAAGCUGUAAAGUAACCAGCCCUACCACUUACGUUUUGGAUGAAGAUGAACCUCGAUUCCUUGAAGAAGUUGAUUACAGUGCAGAAAGUAAUGAUGAGUUAGAUAUUGAAUUGGCUGAAAAUGCGGGAGAUUAUGAACCUUCUGCUCAAGAGGAAAUACUUUCUGACUCUGAAUUACCCAGAACAUAACUACAAUGAACCCUGUCAUUUCCUGUUAACUGUAAAGCAGAAAUGAAAUAUCUUGGUUUUUAUAUUAUACAGGAAAUUUGGGAGAAAUGAGUUUUAGAGAACUAACUCAAAAAAGAUCAAAAGUAACGGGCUUUUUGGUUGCAAGACAAUAAAUAUAUUAUUAAUUCAUGAUGAAAUUGGCACUUGUUUUAUUUUAGAUAUUCAGUGCAUUUUAUAUAGCAUUGAAUUAUCAAAUAAUGGAUUUACUUUAAAAAAUACUCAAGUAUUAUUGCAUGAGUUUUUAUCUCCUUAUAGUACCUGAGUCAAAUGGAUAAUUUUGAGGCUUCCAGAGUAUAAAAUCUAAAUUCUAGAGUUGUUGAAUGUCCGGAAUUGCUGAAUUCAAUAUAUAUGUAUAUGGGUUUCUGUAGAUGUGUUUGUGUUGAGGUGAGUAGAUAAGACUGUUCUGAAUCAUGUUUACUGAUGGAUUGUGACUAGAAUAAUCUAGAAUUUACCUUGAAACCAUUACAUUUUACAUUUACCAGAUUAAACAAAUAAAAACUGUAUCAAAUGUUGCAUUUACUUCGUCAUCCUUUUAACGAUUCCAGGUUAUGUAGUGUGUGAAACUUUCUAUACAUUUGAUAAAGAUCCAGUACUUGAACACAUUGAUAAAAAGUUUCUUUAAAACAUAGCUUAAUUUAUUAGUCUUAAAUUUGGGUAGUGUGGGUAUAUGUGUACCUAUCAUUAAAGAUACAUUUGAGUAGCUCGUUCCUCUGAAAUUAUGACUUAGGAGUACACCUAAACUUUCAUCCCUGUGGUCAGUUUGUUGGAUAGUUGGAUCGGUUACAUGUGCAUUUGUGUGUUGAACUUCUGUAACAUCUCAUAAGCUGUGAUUAUGUAGCCUGUGCUGAUACUGGCAUACUAUCCUGGAAGACUGCAAUGAAUUUACAUCAUUUCUUGUAAUGAUAGCUUCCUGAGUUAGAAUCAUCAUGUUGCAAGAGUGACUU